AUGAAGGGUUUCUGGGCAACACUCUCGGAUACAUUCUUUCAACCUAAGCCCCAACAACAGCCACAGCAGCCACAACAGCCACAGCAACAACAACAACAGCCACAAACCCAACAACCCCAGCAGCCACAACAAACCCAACCACAAACACAAACUCAGAAUCAACAAACCAUUCACCAGCAGCAGCAGCAGUCAAUAGCCUUGACUGCCAGCACACAGAAAUCAAACGUGGACGCAAACACAGGGCAGGGCAGCGCCAACCCAAACACAAGCAACACUGCCCACCCGAUAAUAUCGGGCGCUUCGCCAUCGUCGUCGACGGCCGCCUCCAUCUUUGGCGACUUUAACGAGGCCACCAAUGGCUGCAAGACCGUGGAGAUUGGCAACUUCUCCACGUACAAGGAGAGCUUCUACACGCCAACCUUCAACCUGUGCGGCGCCAACUGGCGUCUGCUCAUCUUCCCCGAAGGCAACAACAGUCCAGGCAACAUCUCCAUCUUCCUCGACUACUUUGACAUUGGUCACAACCCCUUACUCGAGAAGGAUGCUGGUCUAACCCUUACCCUACUCAAUCAACUAAACAACAAGAAGAAUGUUAGAAAGAACUCAAGCCACAAGUUCUCAUUCAAAGGAGUCAAUUGGGGAUUCGUCAGUUUCUUGAGUCUUCAGACAUUGGUCAAGGCGGAGAAUGGAUAUUUGAUCGAUGACAAGUUGAUGAUCAAGGUGGAGAUACAGUCGCCAGUGACCAUUGACAACACGGACGCACUGCGACCCAAGCCAUUUGGACGAUUCUCCUACAAGAUGACCAACUUCUCACAUCACUUUGAGAACUUCUACUCGCCCACGUUCCACUCGUGCGGCUCCAACUGGCGCAUCUAUAUCUUCCCCAACGGCUACUCGUCGCCCAACUUCUUCUCGGUCUACCUGGAUCUGCUCGACGUCAAGUUCAAGCCACUGAUGAUCAAGCAUCUCUUCUUUGCCAUUGAGAUUGUCAAUCAGAAGUAUCCCGACAGGAACCUCAAGAAGUGGGUCGAUCACCUCUACGACGACAAGAACAUGAACUUUGGUUUCCCCAAGUUUGUCCUUCUCUCCACUCUCCUCAACCCCGACAAUGGCUACAUGGUCGAUGAUUCCAUCCAAAUCAACAUCGAGUUCACAGUCAUGUCAUCCAACUACAAUGAGUCCACUCCAAACUUUGAGAUCGAGUCCAACUUGGACAAGUCAGCGGAUUGUGGACGUUUCACAUUCCACGCUACAAAGGGUCAGUCAACAGAGUUGAUACUGUCACCAACGUAUAAGAUAGCGGGUAGUAAGUGGCAGGUAAUAAGCUAUCCAUUGGAGAACCUUACCGACUUCUUCUCAAUCUAUCUCGAUCUCGUGGACAUCAAGACAACUCCAUUGCUUCGCAAGCACAUCUCAUUCUCUGUUGAGAUUGAGAACCAACUCAAUCCAGACAAGCACUUUAAGAAAUUCAUCAGCAAUGUCUAUUCAUAUAACUCAUUCAGUUGGCUCUUCCAGAAGUUCAUCAAGAAUCAUACACUGAUGGACCCAAAGUAUGGCUUCAUCAAGAAUGACAUUAUUAUCAUCAAUGUUGAGUUGAUCACUGUGUCCUAUGACUACCUCAGUCCCAAGCCAUUCAGGAUUGAGUCACCCCUCAGUCUCCCAUCUACAUGUCCCAUCAGUCCAAGUCCAAGUUCCAGUCCAAGUCCCAAUCCCACGACAACAUUGAUGGAAUCACCAACACCAACACCAACACCAACAAUCAACAACAACAACAUGGGUGAAGGACCCUGCAACUUCUCCUACGAUAUAACUAACUUCUCGACAUUGGAGAAGUCAUUCUACUCGCCUACAUUCACAUUGAACUCUACCAACUGGAGAUUCUACGUGUUCCCCAAAGGCAACAGUGCUCAGAACUUCUUCUCCCUAUACCUAGACUUUGUCGACCCCAAGACCUUCCCCAAGCGCAGACAAUACAUCUGUUUCGUACUGUCCAUCAUCAACAAGUUGAAUCCAUCCAAGUCUGAGAGGAAGUACUCAUUCCACACAUUCUGUUACAGCAGCAUCAAUUGGGGAUUCAAGAAGUUCAUGUCUUUGGACACUCUUCGUGAUGAGAACUCUGGAUUCAUUGAGAAUGACACUAUCUCUGUCAAUGUGACCAUCCACUUUAUGUCCCAAAGCAAUCUUGAUAACAGAUAUCUACAAUCAUAUAGUCACAUGAGAUCAUCACAUAUCCAACUGUAUUGUAAUCAUAGAUACCUCAAUACAAGUGGCGCAGUGGAUGAUGCAGAGGCAUAUGCCAAGCAAAAGUCGGAUGAGGAGACGUACUACUACCACACGAUAAAGUUAACGUGUGACACGGACUUUGAGUCCCGGCAAUCAUUUGAUCUGAUCGAUUUCAACAAGCACCAGACUGUCAAGAUCAGGAAGUACACCACUCUGUUGGAGUUCAAGCUGCUCCUACAAAUGAUGUAUGGCAUCGCCUUUGAGAGAAUAAGGAUAUGGUUCUGGGACAACAACAAGUCCAAACCUGCCAAAGUCAGUCGGUGUCCAAUCAUCCUUGAUGAUGAAGAUAUAUUCAAUCAAUAUAUCUCAUACUUUGGACAAGUUGAGAUCAGACUUCACAUGGAGGUAUCCAACUCUCCAACCCCGAAUGAGAAGAACUUAUUCUUUGAUCCAAUCCAACCUGAUCAUGCAUUGAUAUUCUUCAAGUAUUAUGAUGCAAAGACACAGUCUAUUGAGUUCUUGACAUCAAAGGUGUGCCAGGCAAAUACUUCAAUAUCAUAUUUGGUACCGAUAUUGAAUCAGAAGCUUGGAGCAAGUCCAGACAGACCAUUGAUGCUCUAUGGCGACCUGUCAAUGAGCCUGGUCUACCAGCUGGAUCCAAACCGCACGCUCAAGUCCUAUGAGAUUGGACACGGCGACAUCAUCUACUGCCAGCGCCAGCAACAACUUCGCGAUCUGCCACGCAUACCAUUCGUGCCAGACUACUUCAACUAUGUAUAUAACAAGACGACGAUCAACUUCCAUAUGGUGCAACAUAAGAACAGCAUCACCGGACAGCCCAUCUCCUUCCAGUUUGGUGUGAUCAAGACCAUGAAGUACUCGGACAUUGUGCAGAGAGUGGCACGUCUCCUCCAGGCAUUCCCUCAGAACGUGAUAUUAUACUCUGUGCCAGCUGAGUAUGAGCCAUCAACUGGACAGGCUGCUAGUGUGGAGAGGAAGGAGUUGACACCAAAUGAUAAGCCACUCAGGGAUGUACUUCAGGCACUGCAUCAACGUGUUGACAUACUGUAUGUGGAUGUCAAGGAGACCUACUUGGCACCAGAGAAUCUCGAUCGUUUGGUUCCAAACAUCUUGUUGUCCUACUAUGAACCAACAUACAGUUAA